AAAAAGGAUCUUACAAAAAGCAAAAACGGACAAAGAGCAAUAGAGGAUCUUCAAAAAAAAAGUUCUAUAUCUUUUCAACAAAAUUGCUCAAGUAGAAAGCUUGGAUUUCGAAAAGAGUUUUUAGUUCGAGUUUGUGGUUCCGAUUUUCCUUGGGGAUUUCGAUUCUGAUCGUGAUUUUUAUUUCCAUUUAUGGUUAUCAUUUUGCUUGGGAUUACAGAGCUGAAGUUGUAUGUCAAUUAUCUGCUAUUAUUAUUCUUAGAGAAGCUUCAUUCUACAGCUUCCAUUUCCCCCCUCAGUACAGCAUCCUCAAGUUCAAGCCUACGAACAGCAGCAUUAGCUCGCUCUACACAAGUCAUUCUCCAUCUCAGCCAGCUUUUUCAUGGUAUUUUCUUCCACUUCCUCUUUUUCUUUCCCUAUUGUCUUAAGCUUAUUGUGUCUUUACUCGGUCUACAAGCGCCUUGCAAAAUUAACCUUUUGAUUGGCACAUUCUAUCCACCAUUGGAGCUUGCAAUUCCCGAACCAUUGGAACUAACUUUAAAAUCAUUUCAUCUUUCUUAUCUUGAGGAGACAUUGAGCAAUAGAUUUAUCAUUCGGGAUCAAUCAUAUUGAGGAGAUGUUGCAUUUGGUAGGGAAUGAGCGCGAGAGCUCAGUAUCAGUAUAGGAGGCAAUGCAAGUGAAAGCCAUGGCCACAACAAGUAGUAGAAGAGACAUUGGAAGUCUCGGACGAACAAUGUGCACAAGCAGAUUACCAUUCGUAAAGACGAACAAUGUGACCUCAAAAAGAUCAUAUCUUACCUUGAAACACUAGCCAUAGAAUAUAUAAACAAGUCUAUUGCAGUAAAGU